AAAAUCUAAAAUGAGAAUUAUGAUUUUGUCAAAAGUCUUCUCCAAACGAAAUUCCACACUCCCUCAUUUCUUCGUCUUCCCAAAACCCUUCCUUUUGGAUUCCCAUUUCACAAAUCAAAUCAAAUCAAAGCAACCAUGGCUUUCAAUCUCAACCUUCCAACAAUGUCAUUCUUACUUCUCAUCAUAACCAUAACAUUCUCCUCUCUCUGUUUCGCCACCGAAUCAAACGAAGAACGAACAAACGAACUUCUAUCACUUCAAUCAAGAUCCGAUUCAUCCAUAAUCCAUCUCAACGACCAAUCAAUCGCUCGUUACAUAACUUCCGUUAAAACCCCAAGACCUUAUUCUCUUCUCAUCUUCUUCGAUGCUCAUCAACUUCACGACAAAUCUGAACUCCGUCUCACUGAACUUCACAAAGAAUUUUCAAUCGUCGCUUCAUCUUUCACCACAAACAAUGCAAAUCAAUCAUCUUUAUCGAAAUUGUUCUUUUGCGAUAUUGAAUUUAAAGAAUCGCAACUCACUUUUUCCCAAUUCGGUGUUAAUGCUCUUCCUCAUAUUCGUCUUGUGGGUCCCACUCAUGGUUUGAAGGAUUCUCAACAUAUGGAUCAGGGUGAUUAUUCUAGACUUGCUGAAUCAAUGGCUGAGUUCGUCGAAGCGAAGACGAGGUUAUCGGUUGGACCCAUUCAUCGUCCUCCGAUUCUUUCGAGAAACAAAAUUAUUCUAAUUGUUGUUGGGUUUUUGAUUUGGUUGUCUUAUUUUGUUAAGAAGCUUAUUACUGGUCAAACAUUGUUGCAUGAUCCUAGGGUUUGGUUGGCUGGUUCUGUUUUUGUUUACUUUUUUAGUGUUUCUGGUGCAAUGCAUAAUAUUAUAAGGAAAAUGCCUAUGUUUCUUGUUGAUCGUAACGAUCCUUCGAAGCUUGUGUUUUUCUAUCAGGGAUCUGGAAUGCAGCUUGGUGCUGAGGGUUUUACUGUUGGAUUUUUGUAUACACUUGUUGGUUUGCUAUUGGCUUUCAUGAGUCAUGGUCUUGUUAAGAUUAAGAGUGUUAAAGUUCAGAGGGUGAUUAUGAUUUUUGCUCUGUUGGUUUGUUUCUUGGCUGUUAAGCAGGUUGUGUUUUUGGAUAAUUGGAAGACUGGUUAUGGGAUUCAUGGGUAUUGGCCAUCUAGCUGGCAUUGAUUUUCGAGGUUUGGCACGGUCUAUUUCACUUAUUUUCAUCUGAAACUUGAGAAUUUUUGGUAUGUAAAAUCUAAAAACUCAUAGAAAUUGAUGUCUUAUGUUAUGCUAGAACUUUGUCAGGGAUUAUAUGUAGCUUGUCAUUGCCAUUUUGUGGCAGUAACACAGAUUUGAGCUAGAAUUUGAGUAUUGGAAAGUUUUUAUAAUCUAGGGAGUACAUUUUGUUUGGAUGUGUUAUGUAUGUGUAUGGUUAGUGGAAAUUGGAACUGAAA